CGCAUUCCGCAGCCAUUUUGGCGAAAGCCGUUUGAGCCUCACAUUUUCACAUUUGAUAUUCAAAGACGUGUAAGCAGCAGUUUGAAGAUUACAGGAUGGAGCCUGAUCUGCAAGAAACCGGCGUCUCUUUUCAGGAAGACUGGGUCAUUCAUCGCCACAAGGGCAUCAUCACCUGCACUUUUUUUGCUGCCGAUUACGACCAACUUCGUUCUCGGUUGCGUUCCAAGUUGCUGGAAGUGGUGCGAGCCAAUCCGUGGAUGCUUGGGAGGUUCAAGACGUGCAAGACGCGCAUGGAUUGCCCGACGACUGUGCCGCAGAGCAGUGAUGAAACGCUCCUUGACUCCUAUGGACUGUGGUUGCCUGAUGGAGAUGCAGGUCGGGGAGACUCCCGCGUUUCCCGUUCGAGUCCUUACCCGGUUCUGAACAAGGCUGUCGUCGAUCGGUUAGGCCCCCUGGACGUGGCAACGACCCUGAAGGCGUUCAAGAAUAGGCGCCCCUUGUCUGAAAGCAGUCUUUUCCGCUGUACGAUGCUGCGUGUCAAACCAGAGGAGUGUGCUGUUCUUUUCGGGAUGUCUCACUACGUCGGCGAUGCGCACACGUACUAUAAGAUCCUGAACAUGUUAGGACCCGAACAGAAGGUCGAGGCGAUGGAGAUUCGCCGUGUAAUAGAAGGGAGAAGGUGCCAAGAAGACAUAUCAGCGUCGAUCCGUAAUGUUACAGGCAAGCAGGCCGACAGUUUCAAUAGAUGCGUCCCUCUGCAUUUGGUCAAAUCAGUGUUGAUGAGCGUCUUCAAGAAUAAGGGGGGGCGCGCGGGUGAGACUGGCGUUUUUUUCGUGGACAAUGAGAAGAUCGCAGAGAGAAAACGUGCAGAGCUGCAGGGGAUUGCCGAGACAAAUGCGAGUGGAAAGCAAAGUAUGGCCCAAUUUGUUUCCACAAGCGAUAUCAUAGCGUCUGAUUUUGCUGUUGCUAGUGAAGCAGAUGUUUUCACUUACGUAGUGAAUUUCCGAAAUCGUGUUUCCGUCAUGAAAUCAGAGCCCGUUCCGCUCUGUGACGACUCGGAUGCUGGUAACUAUGUGGUGGGCAUUCCGUACGACCGUCCUUCGUACAUCAGUCCAGUGAGAAUCCGCGAAUCUCUCAUACCCAGAAAAGACGCUCCUUUGAUAUGCAAGAGUUCCCCCGAUAGUUUCCCGGGAUUGUUUCGUGUGAUUCAAUUGUCGUGUGUCAGCAAUUGGGCUAGUUUCCCAUUGCACUUAGAUGGAGGAGAUGCUAAGACGUUGUUGCAUUUGCCGUGUCUGAAUUUGAAUAUGUCUGCCAGCAAUUACUUGAAGAAUGCGUUCGAGCUUGCCUAUGUCUUCAGAGCGACGCCUGAUCGGUUAGGUUUCAUGGUGGUCUCGAAUAGUUCUGUGGCAGCAAAGUACGCGAAGGAAUCGUCCAUUCUCGGGUGCGGAGUAUUGGAGGCAGGGGCGGUUUUCGACAAUGCUGCGUAUUGAUGUAGCAACGCUGGUUGCUGCUCUUGAAGUAAUUCCGUUUUGUGCAGAGCUGCAGUGCAUUGUCUAAUUUCUUCAACCAGCACGAGCAUGUGCGGCCUUAUCUUGCAUACCAUACCGUCCUCGAGUUCUUUUUCAAGUUUUUGGUCGUUGCGGGAAUCGAUCGCCCUGCGUGUUCAGUUGUCGCCCUUGUUUCAGUCGUGCCUUGCGGCCGCCCCCCCCACGUGUGCGUCCAUCGCGCAGCGAGCAUCCCCUUACAUGUGUAAGAGCCCUCCCAUCGUACACGCAUAUUGUACAAGAAGGGACAUAUUUAGGGAAACAAGGCGAU